AUGUCGACCUUCAACCAUAAGGCUGUAUUAGCCAUCCUUGCUGGAUUACAAGGGACAAGGGCUGACCGAGCUGUAUUCGAACGGAAGUAUGAGGAGUCGGUUCAGCGCCGUUUCGAAAGCUGGAAGACCAACCGCACAUCACAGUCAAGAUACGACCCACAGCUGCUCUUCGAGGCUCAAGUCGCUGCCUAUGUCGACUACAUACAUUCUGAGACACGAGCAAGUCGGAAGGUCAAGAACUCCAAUGCGCUCAGUAACCCACGGAUCUUGCGUGCAGGAAUACCGUUCUACGGACCAAGAUUCACACCUUGCACCUUUCGUGAACUGCAGCUUCGUGGAAUCAACACAGCGAGCGCCGAGACUGUGUACCUUCGCCCAGUCACAGUCAUUCACCCGGUUUACUUCCCUGAACUGGGAGAUUGCCCGCAUUGUGGCUCUAGUAACACUUCGUGGGACUCGUGGAACUCGACUGGCUCUCGUGAGGUCCAUGGACUACAGUAUGAGGAGAGCGCUCUUGGAUAUCAACUGCGACAUGAGGGAUGCACCCCGGAUGAUGUUAGUGGGGACGGCACAGAUGUAGGACGUGUCCGCAAUCGCUCUUUCUCGUCAACAAAUAAGAUCUUUUGGAAGAAUUGGGAGCAUUGGAAGAUCCCUCGCGGUAUCCCUCACUUCUUCACCCGCUGUGCAGUUACACGAGAACUUUAUGAUGUGAUCAUUGAACUCCGACCAUCUACUACGUCUAACGGUCUUGGUGAGAACAUUAAACAACUUCAUCUCCUUGAAUAUCAUCGCCGGCUUCGUGAAUACCUCCAAGCCUACAAGGCCACUAUCUCGUCUGGAUCCCUUGUCGGGUUCUUCAGAGCUCCUGAUCUUCCCAACUUCUCCAGUCCCACUGAAGACCAUGGCUAUCGUGACGCAACCAUAUCUAAUGAUGUGAUCACUGAAGUCUAUGUCGAGUUUUCGAGGCAGACUCGAGAAGCUGAGUCGGCCGUAUACCUCCGAAACACGUCAGGCAUCUCUGCACUACCAGGUGCUGCAAUCAGUCUCGACAACACAUUCAAGAGUGCAUCGAAAGCAACAAUAACAGACCCGUCGAAAGCUCGUAUCAAGCUCUGGAAGGGUGGGGUCUUGAGUGUCAUCAACGAGUUCAAUGAGAUCAUCUCAUGGCGGUUCUGUCAAUCUGCAUCUCCUGCUGAGAUUUUCGAAACACUAGAAGGCCUGAGAAGGCGCUGUGAGCAGCUGGGUGUAGAUCUUCCCGAGAUGGUAACCGUUGACAACUGCUGUCAAGUUCGUAGCAAAAUUCUUGAGUCCAUGCCCGGAAUCGACAUCUGCCUUGAUACAUAUCACUUUAUAGUGCGAUACCUUGUCGCUCUCUUAAAUGGUGCAAGCAAUCCAUAUCGAGCUCGAAUUGCAAUGGAAAUUCGAGAUGCCAUUCUGAAACAACCCGCCUCAAAAGGCAUACCGGCCAAGUAUCGGAGCAAAGAAGAACAAGAGUCCCGGAUCAUUGGCAUCUUCACCAUGUACGAGAAGAUAGGAAAUGUCUGGAGUGCUGCAGCCCAGAGCGUGCAUCAGGCUCAGCUCAAGCAUAUCCGAGCUGGAUGCCUGGCAAGGAAGCGAGAUGACAUAGCCACCGAUGGUAGUCGGAUUGAGGGAUCUCACAAGGGGUGGAAUGGGCUGCAGCGUUCUCAUGCAAGCGGUCUAGUCCUGCAGACGGCGCUGUGUCACGACUUUGUGCUACGGCGCAAUAUGCGACAGGUUGUUCGUGACACCCGUGUGGCUGGCUCUACAAGCCCGCUUCACAGCUUUGUCAGACUCACAUAUGGAUCCCAUCACAUUCAGCUGGUCAACAGCAACUCGAGCAUCAUGAACGAUGUGCUCAGGAUUCAUGCAGAGAGAACAAAGAAGAAACUGGAUGUUGUACAGUUGUGGACAGUCCUACAAGACGUACAGAGUUUCGAGAAAUUUGGGCUUGUUCACUCUGCGCAUGCCGAAACAUUUGGUGGGCUGAUAGAGGUCAAGGACGAGGAGAUGGGGGUGGAGAUGGAGCUCGACUUGUCGCUGGAUUCAUCUGUCAAUGACGACGAUUCAUCAAUUCUCACGACUCUGGAUCCCAGCCUCCAUCCUCUCUCUUUCCCGAGUCUCGCACGCGAUCCACGCAUUGACCCAGGGCUGUACGACACACCUCUGCCAAUUCCCAACCUGUUACCAGUGCCAGCUACCACAAGUGUUAAUGCAAGAACGCAUGCUCAUGUCAAAACAGGCAACACCGAGUCCAUGCUGACGGAGCCUGAAAGUCUAGGGGAUGAGCUUCAUCAGCCAAAUAAAAAGCAGAAGCUCGAAGGAAACAUGGUCCAUCCUAUCUUCCACACCUCCAAUCUCGUAGUCUCGUCUAAUGAACCAUCUGUGGCCUCGAAACAUCAAGCUGCGUCAAUCAGGCUUACAAAGACCCAGAUUUUGUUCAUGGCUGGAACGAAGACAGACCCACGAUCUCUGAAAAUCGAAUACGGGAAUGAGUUUUUUAUGUUCAUGGAUCUACGUGCCGAGUACGGAUGGAGAUUGGUUAACAUGACUCCGAAGCGCUGGAUCGAGGCUACAUCUCAGCUCAAUCUCAAACUCGGACUCACUGGAAAGCUGUUAAAGAGUCCACGUGCCCUGCUCGACAAACUAGCACGGGUCGAAAAGGACAUUUUACAGCGGAUUGCCACUGGCAGCUUCUUCAAUGCUUCUGGUCAGAGUGACAAGUUCUGGAAGAAACACUGCUUUGCCGUCGACCUCAUCAAGCCAGACAAUUCUAAGGGCCCCACAUUGGGAAGUUUCUCGAAGACGCUCGAUCCCUUAUCCCUGGAUGUCCCGAAUGGUGCUAGCUCAAGCACCCCAGAGAAGAUGCGGAAACGACCAACAUGCAAACGCUGCCACCAAGACAUGUACGCUGGAGGCCGCGGAGGUGAAGAGAACCACAACCGUGGUGUCUGUUCCGAUGGAUUCAAGCAGAAGAUCCCUACUGGCGAAGAACCAGUCCCUUGGCCACAACCAGCUGGUGUAUUCUCAAAAGGUCUACACUUUCACCCUCGCGUGUUCUUACAGCUCGUACAGCAUAUCUAUCAGAAGCUGGUGGUCGAGAAGCUGGGCACGAUGGGACUUAGCAUGGAGGAGGAUGCGUUCUUGGCCAUGUUCCAGAAGCCAGAGCGUAUUGUCACAAAGACAGAUGGUUCGGUGUUCUUCAAACUGAUCACUGGUUUGAGCAUCCCAGUCAACGACCGGAUUCCGGACAGUUGGAUUGUUACCGAGGGCAGUACAACUUUUCUACGCUUAGAUCUACUCCACACAUCAGACACUGGACCUGCCGCACUUGGUUCGACAAGCCUGUAGCUUAUAGUCAAAAUGAAUGUUGUGUCAAGUCAGUGUGGUCUUGGCUGGCGCCGUCGCUGAAUCGAAUCGUCGAGUAGAAGAAAACAGAGGCACGCAUGCGAGUCCGCUUGUCAGACAACAUAUGUGGUGUCGGAGCAACAGAGGGGAAAUGCUCGGGCAAUUCCUGGGAGAUUAUAUCAGGCAUCUAUGUGAAGCCGUAACAAGAUUGUAGCCGUCGUACUUACGCAUAGUGCUUGGGAGUACACGGCUGACAGGCCAACAGGCAAUGGAUGACCAUUUGGUGAUUUGCAAGGCCACCUUCCAUGGGAGGAGAGCGCAGGAGAGCAAGGUAGCCCGGGGCAGCGAUCGAGCGAACGUUUAGUGAUUUGCGAUGUUGCCUAGGCUGCCUUCCAUGGGGGGAGAGCGCGGGACGGUGAGGUAGCCCGGUGCAGCGACCGAGUGACUGUUUGGCGAUUUGAGUUUGCCUUCCGCAGGGGGAGAGUGCGGUAGCCCGGGGCAGCGAUCGACCCAAUGUGCACUGAUUUGCGGUGCCGCCUAGGUCGCCUUCCGUGGGGGGAGAGCGCGGGACGGUGCAGUUGCCCGGGGUAGCGAGCGAGUGACUGUUUGGCAAUUUGCAAGGUCGCCUUCCGUGGGAGGAGAGCGCAGGACAACGAGGUAGCCCGGGGGCAGCGAUCGAGCGAACAUUUAGUGAUUUGCGAUGUUGCCCAGGCUGCCUUCCAUGGGGGGAGAGCGCGGGACGGUGAGGUAGCCCGGUGCAGCGACCGAGUGACUGUUUGGCGAUUUGAGUUUGCCUUCCGCAGGGGGAGAGCGCGGGACGGUGCGGUAGCCCGGGGCAGCGAUCGACUCAAUGUGCAGUGAUUUGCGGUGCCGCCUAGGUCGCCUUCCGUGGGGGAAGAGCGCGGGACGGUGAGGUAGCCCUGGGUAGCGAUCGAGUGCCCGUUUGGGAAGCCCUGGCCAAGACGAUGUCGUUUCCGGCCAUUCUCAAGCCCUGGGAAUGACAAAAUUUUCCUCUUACGCGAAGCCCUAUUACGCGUCCUCUUCGCAUCCACUCCUUUCUCUCCGUCCCAACGAUGUCCACAACUCGACCUCGCCGACACAGCAGCAGCAGCGUCGCCCCUUGUCCUACGCACCAGCAUUCUGAAUCGUCCUCACUUGAUUUCGGUCCUGUGGAGACGAAGAGCGAUGCAAGCUCGCGCCGGCACAGUCUAGUCAAGCCCGUGCAGUCAUCCCCAUUCAUGGCGACCCCUGAGAUCCCGCUUGCAGUAGCCUCGACCCCCAACCUUCUGCUUCCGGUCGCGGUCUCCUCGCCCCUUCCACCGAGAAAAGUGCGGACCCCGCCGCAUUUGCCACUGCCCCCCACACCCAUCAGCCCCACGAUUCAGCCUCCUCCACCCUCACCCCGCUUAGGACGUGAUCGCGCAUCGAUGUCGGAUCUCUCCGCCUCGUUCCCAGCCCCACCAACCGAUUUCCUCCCGCGAGCCUUCAGCCGCAGCCGCGCCCAACCCCCGAUCCCAACGCGCGCGAACACCGCGCCCUCAGCCGUGCCCCCGCACCAGCACGCGACAGACAGCCAGGGCAGCCGGCAGUGGCUCACGUCCGCGCAGGACGUGCCGCGCUUCUCGCGCACGGCGCUGGCGGGCGUCGUGCUGCCCGUCCCCGCGCGUGACGCGAAGCGGAGCUCGAACCGGGUGUCGCUCGUGCACGUGCACGUGCCUGCGUCGCCGCCGACGCCGAGGCUGUCGCGGGGGCACCGACCCGGGAGUCGAUCGUCGUCGUCCUCUGGCGGUGGGCCUGCGACGCCGAGCGCCGGCUCGUCGGCGGGUCAUACGGCGACGGAGCUGGAUCUCGGCCUGCAUGCGAUGUCUGUGCUGAUGUCGGACGACGAGGACGAGCAGGCGCAGGUUGUGGCGCUGCACAGUCAUGGUGGCCAUGUGCGCCGGAGGAGCUCGACGAGUGAUCUGCACGAUACGUCCCUUCGGCAGAAGCUGGUGUGGAGUCGCAGCCACCGCAGGUCGCAUGCCAAGGGGACGAGUUUUCUGUCGUUUGGGUCCGAUGACUCGCUGGACUCGUUCGUGCACUUUGGUGCCAGGCAACAAUCGGAUGCUUCGUCGACGAUUGCAGCCAGUAUGGUGACCAUUCCGCUUUCGACGCACAGCCAGUGGGCUGAGUCACCUGAGCUCACUGGCUUGACGAGUAAACAGAAGGAGGGGGGUGGGACGAUGAAGAGGAUAUUCAAGUCUUUCAUGAAAAAAGGUCAUUGAUAUUGGACAUUAGGGCGCAUACACUCUUUCAAUAAAUAUAUAUGUAUAUAAUCAUACCAGGAUCUGCUCAUCCUGCAUCAGUUCUG